ACUGAAAGUAAAUUUGCAAACAAACAGCGGAACAAGGCGGUGCAAGCAGUCGUAUAAAUCGCUCCGAUAAAACCCAUAAAACCCAUCGAUCGGGUUUCGCCGCUUGACUCCAGGGCACCGGGAGGUUGGGUGAUCCUCCCCUCAGGGUAUGGAAGAGGAUGACAGACAUCUAGCUGCAGAAUUUAGUAUCUCACAUUCUGAUUUUGAAAUUAUUCAAGAGAACUUGCAGAACAACAUGAGCCUUUGCGAAACACUUCAGCAAGCAGAAGAAGAGUUAGAAUUGUGGCAGAGUAGAAUUGACAACUUAGAAAGCAUAAAAUCAGAUUUAAUCUGUGCAAAACUGGAUGCAGAGGAAAAGAGGAAGAACAUUUCUCAUGAACUGUACAAGCUGAAUAAUGAGCAUGAGAAGCUCCAGGGAGAGAUUCAAAAGACAGAGCAGUCCUUUAAGGAGAAGCUCUUUGAUAAAGAGACUGAAUGUGAACAACUAAAAGAACGACUGAUUGAACUUGAAAAACAACUCCGAAUUAAGCAAGAGGAAUGUGGCCUACUACAUACUAAAUUCAAGAUUAAGGCAACUUUGCCUGAGAAGAAUAUUAGAUUCACCAAACUCAAAGAAAGUGUGCCAACAGCUGAAGAGGGAGAAGACUUUUUGAAGAUCAAGUGCUGCUAUGUCAUCUUACCUAAAGUAUCACUGGCUCUUCAGAAUGGACAAGCCUUAAUCACUUUUGAAAAUAAACAAGUUGCUAAUACAAUUUUGAAAAUACCCAAACAUCACAUAAACCUGGAUCCUGGGAAACUAGAUGUGAAGUUUCAUCCUGUCAAACUGGGCACAGCAAGGAAGUUUGAGGUACAUGUUGACAUCUGCAGGAAGACGGUUAAAGUUUCCCAAAUUCCAGAGAACCUUCCCAAAGAACAGAUGAGAGACAAGUUGGAAAUUAGCUUUUCAAAGCCCAGUUUAGGUGGAGGGGAGGUGGAGAAUGUAAGUUAUGAUCGUAAUACUGGAACUGCCCUGGUCACCUUUGUUGAGAAAGGAACUGCCCAGCGUGUUGUGGAAAAGAAGAAAUUCACAAUUAUCCUAAAUGAGAAAAAAUCCUGUUCAGUGUCUGUUGAAUCUGUGCAGGAUUAUUCAUUAGAGAAGUUUCAGACAUUUAAUGGAAUUUGCAAGCGAACUGUGAUGAUAUCAGAUAUCAAGAAUGCCAUGGAAGAGGAAGAAUUACAGGACAAGCUUGAAAUUCAUUUUCAGAAACCAAGCAACCAUGGUGGUGAAGUUGAGAACAUAAAAUAUGUCCCACAAAAUCAAUAUCUAACAGUGUACUUUGAAGAAGAUGAGGAAGCUAUCCAGCCAUUUGGUUUCAGUCCCUGAGCUGCAUGUUCUUUUAAAGGCCACAUUUCUCUUUCUGUAUGUUGAAAUAUUUUAUUUUUGUCACUUCUGGCAGGACAUUUUAUUCAUGGUCCAAUAAAAGCUAUGAUUAUUGCUAUCAUUAUUUUUGCUUAUGUAUGUAUAUUUAGUUUAAUCACUGCACGGAGAUGUUUUGUAUUCUGUAUAAAACCAUUCUGUUUGUGCUUCUACCUGUCAUGUACAAAGAGUAAUAAUGCCUUUUCAUACCCUUUCCUCUUUACAUUGGCAAAAAAUACAUAAUUUGCAAAAUGCUAUGAGAAAAUCAUUGUGCAUAAAGUUAAUAGGCAAAUAAAGAAAUGAAAAGUA